AUUCGUUUUAGAAAUUCUUAAUAAAGAGAGGUAAAAAAAGUGCGGAAACGUUUUGAACGUCUCCCAUUAUUGUCACCAUUCAUGAGGCUGAGGCAGGGUUGUAUCAUGGAAGUCCCUUCGAAUUCCAAUAUCGUGUAAAGGCCUAACAGAAUUGCUGUGUUCUUCUGAUCAGAGCUCUGCAGAGACAGAAGAGCAGAAAAAUGACGAGACCUUCGCUUCUCUGCUUCAGUCCAUUGAGAGGCUGAGGUCCGAGGUGACCGAGGUGAUCAGAGACCACGAGCAGAGGGAGGUGAUGAAGGCUGAAAAGGUCAUAAAGCAACUAGAGGAGGAGAUUGAGGAGCUGGUGAGGAGAGACACUGAACUGGUUGAGUUCUCUGAGAUGGACGACCACAUUCACUUCCUACAGAAGUUCCAGCCUGUCAUCAUCCAUCCUGAAGAUGAUGUUGAACCCAUCUUAACGGUCAACAGAAAUUUGCUUCCAGAAACAUUACGGGGGGAACUGUCAGAGUUAAAGAAGAACCUGGAAGAAAGCAGUGGCUGGGAGUUUUUGAAAUCUAAAGGCAAUGAAGAUCCAGCUUAUUUUCUACAGAAUUUGACAAAAAGAAAUCAUCUUUUAAAAUAUUCUUAUCCCCUCACACUUGACUCCAACACGCUGAACGAGGGGCUGCAUCUGAAUGAAACGAACAGGACAGUAGCUUCAGGAGGACAAUUCUCAUAUCCUGAUCACCCUGACAGGUUUGACUGUUGGCUCCAACUUCUGGGCAGUGAGGCCCUGUUUAACACCCGGUGCUACUGGGAGGUGGAGUGGAGCGGUGAUUGCGUUUUCAUCGGAGUCACAUACGCAGGAAUCUGCAGGAAAGGAUGGAGUGUUGAGUGUCUUAUUGGACGCAAUGACAAAUCCUGGAGUCUCUGCUGUACUCAUUCCAGCUACUCUGCGUGGCAUAAUAACAAGAUGACUGAGAUAAGAGAGCAGCGCUGCCCCAGAAUUGGUGUUUUUUUGGACUAUCCUGCAGGCUCUCUCUCAUUUUUUAGUAUCUCAGAUACAAUGACUCUUCUGCACAGGUUCAAGGCCGCCUUCACUCAGCCACUCUAUCCAGCUUUUUAUGUUCUCGGCAGCGUAUCUAUCAACCCACUAAACCUGUCUAACUGGUGACCUCUACCCGGACAUGGUCAUCUCAGUUCUGUCUCAUUUGUCCAAUUAGAGGUAAACAGGCAUUUGGAUUAAGUUCAAAGGCCUACAUACUGGCAGAGCAGAACUGGAACUGAGUUUGUAUCUGCAAAUGGGAGGAAGAAAGCUAAAUCCUGCGGUCAUCAGUACCAUUUUUCUGAUAAUCCUUUUUAUUGAGACCCUUUAAAUUGGACUAAUUUUGUUGCUUUUUAUGCAAUCCUCUCUGGCCAUUCCCUUUCAAAAUAUUUGUUUCAUGGAGCACAAUGUUAAUGAAAGUAGACAUAUGGGCUGCAGGUUGCAGUCCCUCCACAUACACUAGAGUCCAGGCUUUGAGUUCAUUUUAAAAGAAAGAGAGUGUCAUGACCAGGGAACUCAGACAAGUUCAUUCUUGGCAUCUGAUUAUGCCACUCAUACUGCGCGACCUUCUGGGUUUUGGUGGCAGCAGGCCAAGCAGGUCAGCCCAGACUUCCCUGUCCCCAGCUACAGAUUCCAGCUUUUUACUGUGGAAUUCCCACGCGUUCCCCAGCCAGCUGAGAGAUGUAAUGCCUCCAGUGUCCGCAACAGGAUUCUCUGCACUGUGGGACUUGACCACAGCCACCUAGGGGCAUCCUUACGACGUGCCUAGACCACAUCAUCUGGCUGUUCUUGAUCCAGAGCUACAGUGACUCUACUCUGAGCUUCCCCUGAAUCGCUGAGCUUCUCACGCAAUCACAGUGUGUCAGCCGAGCCACCCUGUGGAGAAAACUCGUUUCUGCAGCUUGAACAUGUGGUUUCUUUCUUUCGGUCAUUACAUACAGUUCAUGACAGGGAUGUAGAUUGACCAGAGAGUUUUGUCUUUAGACUCCGCUACUGCUUCACCACUACAGAUCGGUAAGGUGCCUAGUCAAAUAUGGACCUUACCAUGAAACCCCUUUUUUAGUAGGCAAGUUUAUUCAAUUACAGCAGCUUCGAGUGUUUCGCCAUUCACAUACUAGGAUAGUUUUGGAAUUACUAGCUACCCCUUUCCACUUUCUACUGCAUUUUGUUCACAAGUGUUUUCAGUUGGAGUUUUGACAACAGGGUGAGGUCACCUUUGAAUCCCUGCUUUAUCCACCAAAAAAGCAUUUAAAGAUUUGACUGGAUAUUUUAAAAGAGGUGAGGGACCAACUGGCAUCCCUGCUGAGAUGGAUCCUGUUCCCAUACCUGGCCAGGAGGCCGAGGGAGCGUAUGGUCAGCUGGGAAGCAACGAUAUUCCCCUGCCAUGAUGUCUGCUUGACCAGUAUGGUUAAAACCCACAGUCUGUGAUAAGUGAUGAGAACAGGUGAAGGUAUUAAUAACCAGACAGUUCGUCUGCUAGUUGCCCAUAUCUGACAAGAAUUUUAUGAAUAUGUAAUUAUGUGAGUGUUUAUAAUGACGAGGAUACAACAUGACGUCAGAAGCGUCUCACUUUGCUGCUGAGAUUCCUUACUGGAUGGGAUAUCUGAUUGUCAGCAUUCUCCCACUUGGCUGUGAUCUCCCUUGGCUUCUCUCUGGCUCGAAUAUGUAUGUAUAUGUGGUUAUGCAUUGUAAUCUGGGAAUGAAUGUUAUCUUUUAAAGAAAGUUAAACACAUGUAUCACUUUUUGUACCAUA